AUGAAGCAAAGGGAGUCGUCUCGCCGUGCCAUUUGGAAUAUGGAGAAGUCAGUGCAAUUUGAGGACCCUUUACAGGAUCUCAAACAACUGGAGAUGCUGUGCGGCUGUGGCAGUGAAGAGUCAGCCUCGGAUUGCCUCUUAAGAAAUUGGGUGUAUACCUCAAGCAAGAUGAUGAGUUGCAAGGUCAAGAUGAGGAGGCCUUUUUGA